AUGAGACUCGCAUUCAGCACAUUAGUCCUGGCGUCGCUCGCCGCCGCAGACGUGGCAGGACUCUACGACAAGUGGACCAGCAACGACCUGGAGCAAUACCUACAAGACCAGAAACAUACGCUCAAGAAAGCCGGUCGUGAAAACGCGGAUGUGCUUCGUAAACACGCGCAGGAUGCGUGGAACAAGCAAUCGCAGCCCACGCCGUGGUGGAAGUUCUGGGGGUCGCGCACAAGACUCGCAGACUUCGCUACGAACCAGGACCCGGUCUCCGAGUGGAUCUUCGACACCUGGAGCGCCAAAGACCUCCGGAAAUUGCUCUCCAAGGGCAAGGUCAAGUACGAUUCGGACCUCUCGCGUGACGGUCUCGUGACCAAAGCCAAGGAGAACUUUGACAAGAUCUCGGAAAAGGCCGGUCUUUCCGGGCUGUACCCCUCGCAGCAAUACUUUGCCCAAUGGGACGACUACGAUUUGCAAUCGUGGCUAGACGAGUACCAUGUUCCUUACGACAAGGCCAAGGCCAAGAAGGACGAUCUUCUAGCCAAGGUGCGUGAAAACAUAUACUCCGCGUCUCGUUACGUGGAUGAUGAGCGUCUCAAUCUUUUGGAACAACUCGAUCUUGCUAACCAGCAAGUCGCGGACAAAGCCGGAAAAAUCAAAGACGACGUUUUCAACUCAUGGUCCACGCGCGAAAUCGAGGAUUGGCUGCGCAGCCACAAGGUGAAAAUCGAGGACAAGGCUGCCCACGACCGCAAAUACGUUCUGAACUUGGCCAACAAGAAUAAGAAGUACCUCCAGGAUGAUGCUACUUGGUAUUUGGAAGCCGCUAAAAAGAAAGCCUCCCCUUUUUUCGCCAAAUCUGAAGAAGCGGUUGCUUCCGUGUGGGGUCAAACUCUAAACAAGUUCAAGGGCUUAAAGGACUACCUCUACCAAAGUGACAAUAUUGUCAACCACACCUUCCUCCUAGGCGUGGAGUCCUGGCCCAAGAAACGCUUACGUUCGUUCUUAGACGCUCGUGGUGUAUCUUACUCUAUUUUCAGUACCCGCGCCGAUUUGCUUGACUUAGUAAAGCAAUACAGCAACCGUCCUCUCACCAACUUAGCAUCGUCACCUGCAGUGGCCGAUAUCUUCGAUGGCUGGUCACUAGAAAACUUGAAGGAUUGGGUUAAGGACAAGAAUGACGAUAUCACCUCUAGCGACAUUUACCAGUCCGCCAGCAGUAAGGUUGGCGAAAUUCUAGCCGGAACCCGCUCUUAUGCUCACCAAAAGGGCAACGAUGCUGCUGGAUACGCACAAAAGAAGGGUAGUGACGCCGCUGGGUAUGCACAAAAGAAGGGUAGCGAUGCCGCUGAGUAUGCUCACCAAAAGGGCAACGAUGCUGCUGGAUACGCACAAAAGAAGGGUAGUGACGCCGCUGGGUAUGCACAGAAGAAGGGUAGUGAAGCCGCUGGGUAUGCUCAAGAAAAGGGAUCCGAAGCUGCUGAAGCUGCCUCCGAAUAUGCUUCUGAGAAGGGAACCGAUGCUGCGUCUUACGCAAAGUCUAAGGGUGCUGACGCGGCUUCCUACGCCAAGGACAAGAGCUCAGAUGCUGCUGAUUACGCUAAAGACAAGGGCUCUGACGCCAUGGGUUACGCUCAACAAAAAACGGGUGAAGCGGCAGCUGCUGUGCGCGCUUCGGGCUCUAAAUUUUACGAUGCCGCCAGCGACAAAGUCGACGAUUGGACCACCUUAUUCAGCUCCUGGUCCACUGAAGAUUUGAAGAACUACGCGAAGUCUUUUGGUAUCAGAACUGGUCCUACCACAACCAGAGAGAAACUAGUAGAACAAGUCAAGGAAAACACCCAAUGGUUCUUCGGCUACUACCAGGACCCCAUGUACAAGAGGGUUCCCAAGAAGAUUAGCAACAUGAUGACCAACAGUUACCAGUACGUUUUCAAAAAUUGA